UGCUCGGCAGCAUCUAAUAGAAGCCACAUCUCCUUUGCUGAAAGAGAAACCCCCGAAUAUAAAAAGCAACACAAAACUCACAUUUCGAAUGGCACUCGCAUCUACACUCUCUUCGAUCGUAGCCUCACCAACCCUCCGUAGAAGAGGACUGCCCUUAGUUGGGGCAUUCUGUGUUCUUAGCGUAGGACUCUCUAAUCUCUACCGCCCUUCUCUUCUCUCUCUCUCCUCCGCCACGGGUUGCUCUCCCUCCCUCCCUCUCUCUCCUCUCUCCCGGUCGAAGUGCAGCGGUGAAAAGCCGGAAAAGGGUAUUCGCGGAAUUAUGAUGGAAGCCAGUGGGAAGACUGUGCCGAGUAUUGUUGUCUAUGUCACUGUGCCUAACAAAGAAGCAGGUAAGAAGCUUGCAGAAAGCUUAGUCAAAGAGAAACUUGCAGCUUGUGUGAACCGGGUGCCAGGCAUUGAAUCAGUAUACCAAUGGCAAGGAGAGAUUCAGACAGAUUCUGAGGAACUGCUUAUUAUCAAGACUAGGGAAUCCCUACUGGAAGCGGUGAAAGAACACGUCAAGGCAAAUCAUGAAUAUGAGGUACCUGAAGUAAUUGCCCUGCCGAUAAUUGGUGGGAGCAUCCCAUACCUUGAAUGGCUCAAGAACAGUACAAGGGAUUGAACGUACUGAACUCCUUUAUCUCAGCAAUGGACUCGGAGUUACGUAAAUCUAUGAAGUGUUCGGUUUAGUUGUACAGUACAUGAAUCUAUGAAGUGUUGGUUUUAGUUGUACAUUCAGAAGGAAGACUCUCUCUCUCUCUCUCUCUCUCUCUCUCUCUCUCUCUCUCUCUCUCUCUCUCUCUCUCUCUCUCUCAGACUUUAUGUGGAACUGAUUCUUAUGUAUGAUUCUCUGAGCACCAGGAAGUAGAUAUACCAGUUGUGAACACGUCAUCAUUUCCUUUUUGCGAUGGAGGAAGGAAUAAUACAUCCAGCAGAUGGGAAACCAUUUGCUUUACGUUU